CUCAAAUUUGGUAGGAAGUCCGAGGAACCAGUAUUUCGCGCUUGGUCGCGCCCGACGUUGGACGCCGUCCGCUGCUGUCAGCUCUGCGUGUUUGUUAUCGAGCAAGUAUCGAAGAAGUGGCUUGGAGGAGUUGCCUGAAUCAGUUGGCUCACUAAGGCAUAUUCAUCAAAGUAUCCGUAACAAAAAUUAAAAGGAUAUUAUAUCAACUAUUCACAUUUCAAAGAUUUAUAGGUCUGCCUGUGGUGCAACUGCAACUUUUCCGUCGGGGAAAUUAUUGAACCUUGCUGAUUUGGAUUAGUGACAUUGGAAUAAAGAAUUACGGACUGUAAUUGGUGAGAAGAUAAUUGAAGUGAAGGUUUGAGCAUAAGGGAAUUCACAGGAAACAAAGCUGAGACAGAUAAUGGGAACUCGAGAAGUGUAUGAAGAAAAGCUAAGAACUGGCAAUCUCCACCAUGAUCCUACCAUCAACCCUGGUCUUGGCUCUCCUCGUUGCCCUCGUUGUCUCUCCCUUCUAAACCCUAAUUCUGAAAAAGCUGAAUGGACAAUUACUUCUGUCUUACAUGAUGCAACUGCCGUGGCUGGCUCGGGUAUUGGUGGUAUGCUGAGUGCAGUUCAUGGUUUUAACACAGGGAUCCCAUACCUACAAAAUCGUCUGAAGGGACCAAAGUGGCUUCCUUUCCUAGUUGGGCUCCCUCCAUUGCUCAUAUUUUCAGGUGCAAGUGCUGCAUUUGGAGGUUAUGUGCUUCCAAAGUUUGCUCAACUCACUGUGACAUCUUACUAUGCUGCCUCAAGUGCCUCACAUUAUGGAAUCUCUCUUCUCACCCGACAUAUUGAAGACAACUACAAUUCUCAUAAUCAGAAAGAGCGGCCCAGGGCUCAUAAUAUAUACUAUAGAGGGUUGUCAUGGUCUUGUUCUCAACAUUCCUUUCUGAUCUUGUUUUUCUUUAUCCCGACCAAAAAGUAAGAAUAGAAAGGUAUUCUUAUUGUUUUUCAUGUUAUACCAAACUUGGCUACGGCCUGUAAAAUCCCAAUUAUAUAAAGGCUCAUUUCCAUGUA